UUUGUCUUUGCUGUAAUUGGAAUGCUUAAUAUCCUUAUUUUCUUUAAUGUUGGACAGGUAAAAGGUGAGCCAAACAUUUCUUACAUCUGCUCUAGGUAUUAUCGAGCACCAGAGCUUAUAUUUGGAGCAACUGAGUAUACUACAGCUAUUGACAUUUGGUCUGCUGGCUGUGUUCUUGCUGAGUUACUGCUUGGACAGCCUUUGUUUCCUGGUGAGAGUGGAGUCGACCAGCUCGUGGAGAUAAUCAAGGUUUUGGGCACUCCUACAAGGGAGGAAAUCAAAUGCAUGAACCCUAACUAUACAGAGUUCAAAUUCCCUCAGAUUAAAGCCCAUCCAUGGCACAAGAUAUUCCACAAGCGUAUGCCUCCAGAGGCUGUUGAUCUGGUUUCAAGACUACUACAAUACUCCCCUAACCUACGAUGCUCAGCUGUGAGUACAUUAAAAUCUCAGUUUUCCAAUAUCUUAUUUUACCAAUUUACCAGCAAUCUUGCACUACUCCAUUGGGAACAUCUUCACUAGGCUGUGUAUGAUAUG